AUUGAAUAGAAGAUUGGAAUAACAAUGUACUGUACUGUAAGCGCAACGAAGAACAUGUUCUAGGUGCUUGUGCUUGUACAAGUCGAUAGCUUUGCUCCGCAUAUAAUUAUGGCGUUGCUUCAAUACUUGUUUAUCGUAAUCUACAUGUAUACCAUCAUCAAAAUGGCUCAACCGGCCCAAGAAAACAUAUUGAAUAUACACGGUAGUUUGGAAAUUGACGGUAACAGAAAAAUGUCAUUACUUGACAGAAGGAAACGUAUGGACGAUUGUGAUUUUGUAUGUCGAUGUUGGAAUGACGUGAAUGGAACCAUUCUUAAGAGCAUGCUACCAGACCAUUGUCUAUAUGUCAAUCAAAAUGAACUUCAAUGUUACAUGUUAAUAACAUUAAAAAGCAAUAAUAUGGAAGCAGAUCAAGAAUGCACAAGUUAUGGUUAUGAGUUAGCCGAUGUAAACAGCGCUCUCAUUCUUGAUGGAAUUGCGGAAUUUGUUAGAUCAGUCAUUACUAACAGGGGGCGAAGGCUUCCUCAAAGUUACUGGCUGCGCGUGAAUUCAACUUUGCAGGACGUCUCGACGGCAGCAGGUUCAUGCUCUACUUGUGAGGAUUUUAGUCCUGAUGAUGAAGGUUGUACUUACCUGAAGAUUGAAGAAGAUAAAUAUAGAGUCAGAGAGGGCAGGUGCAGAAGCGAUAAUGACGGAUUAAUAUGCCAAUUAAAGUUUGAGCUAACACGAUACAUACCGACGACACCACCGGUCAAGAUACUUACCCACAAUGAAAUCACAACAGUGAAGUCAAGUGGUGUUACUUCUACGCGGCAGUCAGAACAAGAUGUAUCUAAGAUGUCGAAUGUUACACUAAUAGGCCUAGCAAUUGCUUUAGCAGUAGCUGUCGUUUGUAUUGCUGUUUUAAUAAUCUUAUUGCUUAAAAGACGAACCUCCACAAAGGGGGCACCAGAUGUGUCAGCAACCCAAGUGAAUCAGCAAAGCCAUGAUGAUAAAUCUUCAAACCUGUAUCCGACCUAUGAAUCUUCUUUACCAGGAGACAAUGUGGGCCUACACCAUAGUGAUACUGCGCAGAAGGACAAUAACCCGAAUUACAUUGUUGUAGAGGGCGAUGUUUAUAAUAAUUUGAAACCUGAAACUGUAUUAAAUGAUCCUUCGUAUGAUAGUCUUGGCCCUCAAUAUGACACUUUAAACCGCCAAAGCGAGGUGAGUUUUAACGCUUAGUAUAACGUGAUAAACCGCAAAAAAGAUGGAGAGCAAUCGCCAGUUGUAUACCCGGAAGAUGUAGAAGAUGAAAUGCCUGAAGAUGAAUAUUUCUAUGGUGACUUCAAACAGUGAGAAUUUGAUUUGAUCAGCAGUUCUUAAGCUCUGUCCAGAUUAUCAAAUUUUCGUUGACCAAAUACUGUUGUAUGACUAUAAUAUACUCAUGUGUUUCUAAAUUUUCAUGAUGUGAUGUCGUCAUGACCGUAUUUUAGGCACGUCACAUGCUUUGGCAAAUAAAAUGUAAUAGUCUGAGAAUGGCUUACAAUAAAAAAUGCGAAAAUAAUAUUUUAUAUAAAUAUAAAUAUAAAUAUUUUAUACAUACGUUCUCGUUUGUAAAUAUUAUAUGAGU